AAAAAAAAACUUAAAACUAAAAUGGCAGCAACAUUUUAUUUUGACUUUAAUAUUUUUGAAAACAGCUGAUGGAUUGUAUGUUGCGACAUUUGUUAAUUUACAUUACAAAACGUGAUUUUACCAGACUUUAUCCGUACGCUCGGUGAUAAACAUGUUAUUAUCACUCAUUAGCCGUGUUUUAAAUGUUGAUCAUAGAUAGGAGGCGGUCAAUGUACUGGCAUGUCAGUCACGAUUCAUCAUUGGAGGUUCCAAACAAGAUUCAUUCAUUGUAAAGUUAUGAGGCCGUCGGGUUGUGUGUGCUACAAGAUAAAUACAGUGUCUCAAUCCCCAACUGUGAAUGGAACGGACUAGCGGGAGUGGUUUGAAGGAGUAACAAUUUUGAUAGCUGUGGAUUUUUGUGGUGUUACAAAGUUUUUCUUGUGAAAUUUUAACCUGAAACAUAUCGAAAACACAACGCCAACCAAACCGAAAAGACUGACAAACAAAUAUUUUCUACAACACACUAUGAAGACAUAGAUAAUACCCAAAAAAGCAUUACAUUCCAAGUCCGGAAACGGCAUGCGCCAUCUUGUUUCCGGCGGCCAUCUUGUGUGAUAGUUCAAAAUGGCGGAGACGUCAACGGCGGGCGGCGCGGGGGAGAAGAAAGAUGGUGUGGAUGAGGCUGAGGAGAAGCUUCUUCAAGAGAACCAUGCUCUGAUCGUGCCAGCGGUUAACAGGGAGGAUGGUGUGGCUGUCAAGGCGUCGAAGAAAGUGAAACUGCCCGAGGAGGGCGGUGGCGGGCGCUUCACCAUCGGGCCGGCCCCGGAGCGCGACUGGGAGAUGGUGCCGCCUGACGGGCGCUGGGGCUGGUGCAUACUCGUAGGAGCGACCCUAGUAAACAUCCUCAUACCCGGCACGAUCAAGUCGUUCGGCGUUCUCCUGGUGGAAUUCAACGAUGUGUUCGAGUCGAGCGCGUCCGCCAGCUCGGGCAUUGUGGCGCUGUGCUACUUCCUGUACAGCAGUCUUGGUCCCCUCUCUUCCAUUCUGUCGGUGCGCUGGUCGUACCGCACGGUGACUCUCCUCGGAGGCUCUUUUGCUGCCUUCGGCAUGAUCUGCAGCAGCUGGGCCGAGUCCAUCAGCUAUUUGUACUUCAGUUUCGGCGCGAUGGUGGGCGCGGGCGCGGGGCUCGCGUUCCCCCCCACAGUCUACAUCGUCACGUCGUACUUCGUGCGACUACGUGGAUUAGCUAAUGGUAUCUGCAUGUCGGGCUCGGCAUUUGGCAGCAUCAUCCUGCCGCCCGUGCUGAGGCUACUGCUCGAGAGCUACGGAUACAAAGGCGCGGUGCUGAUCCUGGGCGGCAUCAUGCUGAACACGUGGGCGGCGGCGCUGCUGUUCCAGCCGGUCGAGGAGCACCUCGUGAGGAAGUACAAGCACACUGGUGAUGAGGAGGACCAGCCCCAGGACGACAUCUUGCUAGAAGAGAAUGAAGACGAACCAGGAGAAUCCAUCGCGAUGGAACAGCAAAUCCCCAGAAUAAACACUAGCGACAAAAUGAACGGAGAUGCCGAAACGAAGCCAGAUAAAAUUCCAUCUUCUGCCCAACUGAAUAACAGUCAAAACUGCAUACCAACCUUGUCGUCCCAAAGUCAGUUGAGACACAACAUGUCUAAAAGAAAGCUGUCGUAUACUAGGACUGUUCCUAAGAAUACUUAUAGUUCAGCUUCGAUAGCUGGGAAACUAGGUUCCCAAGAGGGUUUCGGUAGGAAACUCAGCUACGCUGGCCCAAGGAGGAAUUUCUCAACAUCUAGCUUCAAUUAUGUAUCGACCCAGUUCCACGGGUCAACCCUAUCUGCCUUUGAGAGACCCAACGAGUUCGCUUCCCAAUUCUCUCUAAAAUCAAUAACUGAUAGUGUGGCUGAUGUCUACUACUGUUGUUUUUGCAUUAAAAAGAAGAGGAAGACGGAAAAAAGUGAGCCUAACAAAUUCUUCGAUGUUACCCUUUUGAAAGACCCAACGUAUUUGGUCAUCCUUUUGUCCAGCAGUACUGUUGCUAUAUCGUGUACCAAUUUCAUUAUACUCCUGCCUUCACACGCUCAAAACGUAGGUUUCGACAAAGCUAGAGGAGCGUUGCUCCUAAGUACAGUAUCCGCUUUGGACUUAGUCGGCAGAAUUGGCGGUUCAGCGUUAUGCGACUUAAAUUUUGUCCCCAAACCUGUAUAUUUUGUUGGGGGGUUAAUUUUCUCUGGUAUAACGUUAGUGGUGUUACCGUUUUUAUCUUCCUACAUGGCUAUAAGUGUUUGCUGUGCGUUGUUCGGCCUAGCGUCUGGCAUAAACAACGGGGUAACCACUCUAGUUAUGGCAGAAAUCCUAGGGGUAGAACGUCUGAUGUCCACGUAUGGUAUAAGUCUGUUUGUCAACGGUUUAUUGCAGCUGGUUGGUCCACCGAUCUGUGGCCUCUGGUUUGAGAGAAAUAAGAAUUUUGUGAGUAUGUUCGUGACAUUUGGGUUCAUAUUUUUGGGCGGUGCGUCUCUUUGGCUGUUUAUGCCGUUCAUAAAUAAGUGGAAGAGACAGAAAAAGGAAGCGGAAAAGAAUGGAGUAAAAGCGAAAGUUUGAGGGUGAUAAUACAUCUUCUUCUUCUUAAAGUGCCUCUCCAUCAUUGGAGGUUGGCAGCUCUUUGCAGGUAUAAUAAUACGGUUGGGCAAUAUGUUUGUAGGUGUUUCACCAAAAUUUAUGCCCAUCUGUAGUUUUUCAAUAUAUUUUUUUCACUUUAUAUCAUAUUUUUUAAUGUUGACUUCAUUCUUUACCUUUUAGGGUACAAUUUCAGGGAUUCAAUUUUUUUCUAUGAUAAAAAUAAAUUGACAUUUACGAAUAAAUUUUCUUGUAAAUGUUUUUUUUAAUUAAAUAUAUCUGGCCUCUUUUUGGAGGUCUCACGAUGAAAUUCCACCCCUUGUAUACGCACAUUUCUUAUAGGUUUUUUGUACGCAAAAAAAAGAAAUUGUAGAGUUUUAAUGAAGCAGGGUGGAAUUUUUCGGUGCAACUUUUUUUAAUUUGAUUGGACCACUAAUAAAAUUCCUCCCUGUAUACAGGGUGUUGCAAAAAUGGUAUACUAAGCCGAAACCUACAUGUGCAUGCAGCCGAAACUGAAAUCAGAAUUUCAAA